GAGGGAUUCGAACCCGCAGGGGGCGUGAGCCCAGGCGUCACAAGCUGGUUACAGGCGCCUGCUCCACACACACACUCACACACACCUGUCUCUCUCUCUCUCUCUCUCUCAUUGUGAGGUGUGAGGUGUGAGGGGGAGCUGCUGGUGAGGCCCUCCACACUGCUCUUCUCCCUCACUCUUGACAGGGGGCAGGAAGAUGGUGCCAUUAUCCAGAAACAAAUUAAAAACAGAAACAAAGAUGGUUCCUUGACAGCCAUUUAUGUAUGUAGCCAAGAUGUCGAGAUGGAUUCGUGGAGCAAUUUGGGCUGCUGGUUCAUGCGUGGUUUGGUGCCCUGUAUGUGUGUGCCUGAGUGGGGGAGGAGCUUGGUGGGUGUGUGCCUGUGCUGUUGGGCUCAUAACCAUUACACUAGGAUCUGGAUACACCACUUGGACAGUCUUCAACAAUCUACUUCGACAUGGACCACAGGCUUACCCGUUCUUUGCACAGGGCUUCAGCAUUAUGGAGCAUGUUGUUGACAGAGGACAUACACAUGCUGCCACUACACACGAGCUGAGAAGGUCCUCUAAGCCUAGCAGCACGUUACAGAGCUUGGGCGGGAAUGGACACCACAGAGGUAGUGGAAUAGAACCCAUCAUGCACGAGAUGGUGGCCACUGCCAGUGCUCUACAUUCCUGCUUGGUCUUGCCGUGGUAUUCACUCGUCUCCCCUGAUAACCACUUUUCCCACCAGAUAAAGGACGUAUUGGAAGAAAUGCUUCUCAAUAUGUGUCAUAAAGUUAAAGAAUCGGGAAGCAUCACAUAUAUUGCAUCUGGCGUUAUUCAGAUUUAUAUUCAACAUUAUCGUCAAUACCACCGAGCACUCAGAAAAAUAUCGAAGAAACACAAAGAUGUAGGGUUACUGAGUGAGGCCAGUACACAGGAAGUACAAGCCAAAUAUAAGCCCUUACAUCCUGCCCUCAAAAGUCCUGAAACUCUACAACUCUAUUACCGCAAACUGGCACAAAUUUUACUACUACAUUACUUGCCUGUUGAAGUGACACGUUGUGACCUCAUUCUGAUCUCGCUUAGAGAUCUUUUUGCUCAAAAUAUUUUACAGGCCCUCGUGGACCUCCUUUGUGAUACGCAGUGGCUUAAUACAACGCUGGUAGAUAUACUCUCAGGCGUGGCCGAUGUUGCGGUAGAUGAUGGCAUGUGGAAAAACAUUCGGUCAAGAGGGGAAAAUUCUCGAGUUAAAAAUUCCGUUGAAAUAUUGACUGGUACGUUGCUAACAACAGAUGAAGAGAAAAUAUAUAACACAAAGCUCCUUGAUUCAAUAGAAGAGGAGACUAUGGUAGAUCUUGAACAGUUAAACCCAGUACGUUCACUUUCUGCUCAAAACACACUUAGUGAAAGUUCCCCUCCAAAACCUGAAUCUAGUAAAGAUAUAUCUAAAGAAAAAAAAUUUGUAAAUGCCGAAGCUCUUGUUGAAUAUGUAAGGAGUUCAAGUCUAGAAAAAAAGGAAAGUAGUGAAGAGGAGGAUUAUCGGAGCGUGUCUUCUGCAUUAGGCACAUUGAUAUCUACCACGGCAGGUCCGUUGCUGCCCGAUUUCUCGUCUCCCCCUUAUCAUCCACUUGUAUCCAAGAUGUGGGAAAGUCCUGUCGAGGAUAAGUGUUUUGUUGAUGUUCCACCUGUAAAGAAAAAGAAGAAUCCAUUUUCACGUAGUGUUGUAGAAGGAAUGAAGGAGGAGGAUUACAAGUUAUUAUAUUCCCCAAACAAAGAUGAGAAAACAUCAGUGAAUAAAUCUAGUCCAACAUUGGAAAAAGAUUACUGCAUGUUGCCAAAGUUAGAGAAAGGAAAUAAAAGGAGUAUAGAAAUUAGAAUUGAAGAUAGCGAUUGUAUAGAUAAUAAAGCUACUGAAAGAUGCGUAAUAGCUCCCAGCCUCGGGGAAAUUCCUAGAAGUAAAAGUUGUGGAAAUCUUAUAAGUAAAGAAAAAGACAAGGACUUGGAUGUUGAAGUAAAGGUAUUGUUUUCAUCUUUAAAUGAACUUGACAUGCAAAAAGAAAAGGAAGAUAAAGAUAGUCUGGUGAAAGGUGUUACGUUUAGUGAGAGCGAAAGUGGCGAUGUUGGAAACAGGAAAGAAAAAGGCCAUUUAGUGAAGAUGUUGUCUUUUGAUAAGAAUGAUGGCACUUACGAUUCCAUGGAAGGUCAAAACCUGGACUCUAAACCUGGUGAUCUAGCAACAGAGGCGCAGAGUGAGCCUUCGGAAGUUUAUGAAAAUGACCAGAAUUGUAUUAAAACCAUUUCAGUGGGUUCAGAUCUAUCACAGACUGAUGCUUCUUCCCAAACUAAGGAUUCCGUAGACUCGGAACCUCCCGGUACACUAGAAAUUCCACAUUCGCCCCCUAUAACAACGGCUGGAUUUGGAUGGGAAAAUCCUGACCUCUCGCCAAUAUAUGAAGAGAGUGAAGACUUAGCCUCUACAAUUGCUAAAUUAAGAUCAUUACUAAGUGAGAGGGAGAGCCAGCAUAGCCUCGGUAGCCUCAGUUCUCACGGAUCCAGUGAGAGCGAACCCAGAUCUGCACAGUCCGACCCGGGAAGAUAUAAUUUGGAAAAAUCCCGUUUCACCUUCACUCAUAAAGACAGUUCUGGCUCUUUGGCUUCGGUAAAAUCUGUGUCAAGUUUGGAAUCGUGUGGAAAUGGCACUGCAGAUGAAGAGCUGUUAGAAGCAGCAGAGAUACCUCUUGAUGGCCGAGUGUUUCUCAGCGCAAGUGUUCCGUCAACGGAGGUGCAUACUGAACCCGGAGGAACUCAAUAUACACUGUAUACCAUUCAGUAUGAUGCAAUUUAUCUGUGUGAGACGACCACAACAGUCCCACCUACUGAAGGUGGAGAGGAAGGAGCCAGUGAGCCAGUUGUCAUCACUGAGCCACGCAUGGUCCUCCAAACUAAUUGUGUAAAAAGAAGGUUCCGUGAGUUCCUAACACUGCAUGCUGCCCUGGAAGACGAUUCAAGAUUACGGACUGCUAUGAAGGGCGUCAAGGGACCUAACAAGUGGUUGAAUUUACCGUUCAGCAAACUAGAUUCUACCACUAUUGCUACUCGUAAGCAGUUUCUGGAAAAAUAUCUUCAGUCUGUUAUACAACGGCCAGAGGUGAAUAUAUCCACCCCAGUAAAGGAAUUUUUGGCAUAUGGAUUAGAUUCAUCUGUAUCAUUUGUGAAGAAGCCCCUUGAGUUGCAUGUUCCCCGUUUGGACAAGCUAUUGGCUAAGACUGUAUCAGGUGUGUUUCAUAGCUUGAAAACAGCUCUGCCUAGCUUUGAAUCAUCAGAUAAUCCAGCUGGAGGGAGUGAAGCAAUACCCGCCACUGAAGGAAUGUGCGGGGGCAGUGGUGGCGACGUUCUUUUGAAGAGCAGGUCAGCAGGCGGCGUGCUCACCGAACGUAACAAGCUGGCUUCGUUUCUUUCCAUUGGUAACAAGGCAGAAUAUGAGCUUAAACUUGAUAUUACAGCUGAGGAAGAGGUGUGCCAAAUUGAAGAGGCCUUAACAUUAGAGGUACUUGGAUCGGCUAAGGAUGAACUGGUAGACACGGCUUAUGAGGCACGAGAAAACCGCAAUCUCUUUUCCCCGUUACCAUACACACACUCCCAAUACCAGAGUCAGCUGGAGCAGCAGCACCACCAGCAGCAGCUGCACCAGAAACACCAACACUCGGUGGUGGUUGGAAGAGGCAGCUCUGGUGCAGGGAGUGGAGUCUGUCCUUUAUACUCUCCUAGUUCUCCCUCCCAUCAACCUCCUCAUGAACCAAGAUCUGAAGCAGAUGGCUGUGAUGUUGAUGCUCUGUCACGACGUGACAGUCACCGCGAUUCUUUAAAUGAGGAAGAAGUUGGUGGAUCGUGGGAGCAUUGGCCAUUGUCUUGUGGCCUCUUGGAUGCUUUAGUGGAGGUGCUCUCUCCCUGCGACCACCCGCUCACUCACCAGCCGUGCGUCACUCUGCUCACUCUCACGCUCGCCACCAUCACCCAAAAAUGGCUAAAGGCUGAAUUGGAGCGUCUCUUUUGUGAAAGCUACACAGUAGAGUAUAUUCAAAGCUUGAGAGAAGCCAUAUUAACUUAUUCUGAUGCUCCACGACCUCAGGCUUCCCCGGAGGAUGUGGUAAAGUCACGUGUUAAAUUACAGGAAGCGUUAAAGGAUUUCAUACCAGGUGCGUUGAAAAUGGCUCUAGGAACAGAACUGACGCAUCAAGCAGUUGCAAGAAUAGUGGAUUCGGUGCAGCAUCCCACAGUGAUGGGUGACCUUGCUCUCCACCUGCUUGACUUGCUAGCCACGCAGCUACUUCCCAUCACACCCUCAACACCAUGAAGGUACCACUGCCAAUGCUGCCUGUCAUGUCAAAAUAUAUACCAAUGAAUGUAGUCAUUACUGACUUAACCUUUAUAUAUUUCUCAAUCUUGAAAUUGUAUUUUGUUUACAGACAAUAUUAAUAUUUCCCCUAUGACAUGCCAGUAAAUUUGUGAUAUGGUUGUAAAAUAGAUUAAUAAAUUAUUAAUAAAUAAUAUAUAUAUAAUAUAUAUAAUAUAUAUAAAAUAUACAUACACAUACAUACACCGUGGGACUUGCUCGAAGGGACUGAUUGACUAAUGGACCUGUUCCAUUACACCAAGGAUUCCAGUCUAUGAAUAGUAACUCUUUUUUUUUUAGCCAUUUCUUGCAAAACAAAAAUUAAGGUCAUAAAUGAUAGAAUGCAUCUUUGUGCAUAAUAAACAACAAAAUUAUAUACCCAAAAUUAUUUUUAAAUGUGCGUGAAUUUAAAAUAAGGAAAGAAAAGAUAGAAAAUUUAUACAAAAAAAUGAUUGACUAUAUUUUUUUACUUACCGCUGAGAAGAGCUUAUUUUUUCCUUGUACAAAACUGCCAUACUAUGCUGCUACAUAACCAUAUGUAUGAUGCCUCCUGUAAAUUGUAUGCUUUGGUUUCCUUAAGUGUUUUUCACUUUGAAUUACAGUAUUGUCAGCCGUUCUUUCUCACGUAACACUUUCAGGCUUGCUCAGGAUUUUUCUGUUUUUGUUUUUCCCAUGUUAAGAUGCCUUUUUUGUUUUGUUUUGCCUAACUGGUUUAGUCUAAAUAUUGCUGCUAGUAGACAUCUUUUCAACUCGAGUAAUGAAACGACUAAAGAAAAAUGAUUGCAAGUCACCUAGGAUCACGAGGUCAGGCCACAUAAUUGCAGAUGGAGAAGCAACUGGCCAGGAGAGAACCAGUUAAGAAAGGGCUACGUUCAGUGCAGAUCAAAAGUAGCAUUGUUUACUAAGUUUCACAAUUGUUCACAAAUUUUACAAAGACUGCCUGGUGGAUUGAACAACAUAAAUUACGAUUCACCAAGAAUUUAGUCAUUAGCAUGAAUUCUAUCCAGUUUAUCAUUGUUCCAGUUCAAUUUGAUCUGUUUCAGGUAGGUCCUACUAUAUAUAUAUAUAUGUAUGUACAGUAUGUAUGUGUGUGUCAUACCUAAUAGCCAGAACUGCUUUACUUGGCCUAGUAAGCAAGGUGCCCAUUUUGCCUAACAACCAGUUCAGUUUUUCCUAUUUUCAAAUUUUUCUUCGUAAAUUAGUUCACCCCCAAAAAUGUUGCCAGGCACCAAUUUCUAACUUGGGUCUAGUGUUACCUAUGUUAGGCAAUACACUAUUGAGAAAUAAAUGGCAUAUUUGUUAGGUCAAGUUUCUAAGAUAGAUCUGCCCCAUAUUAAAAAAAUAUCUCUAUUAAGUAAAUUUAAAGAAAAUUAUUAAACAAAUUUAUAUUUAAGGAAAUUUGGCUUGUUAGGUAACUGUGCCUAUUAGAUUUGACGUGUGUACAUUUAUAUUCAAGUAGUAAUAUUUAUAAUUUCUUAUAAUUGACACUCAAUCAUUUUGUUAUUACCUGGAGCAGAUUUUUGUAGUGCUCAAUACUCUUGUUCUGGGUAAGUCCAGUUUUGUGAUGAGGCAUCUCACCAAACUUAAUUCCCAUUUUUGAUCUCAGGAAUAAUCCUUUAUUGCUUAGAAUUUUGGCCAUAUUUUCAAUACAGUAUAUCUAAAUGGGAUAAAAGAUUUCUUCUGGUUCAUUCAUUGGAUAACAAAAUAUGAAAAUAGUUGCAGUUUUUUUUUUUAACAAUAGCGACUUAAUAUUUUAUUUUAGCUCAAAUACAAAUAUACUUUACAGUGAUAUAUUCCCCAGAAAUUGGGUUGUUAGGUUACUAGAUAAUUUUAUGCAAGUUUUUUUUAUAGUCAAUUGCUUUUUUAAGGCCAGAUAUGGCUAACACUUGUUGACAUUAACUUUUUAUGGCUGGAAUUUAAACAGCCAUUUUUUCUAACUAAUUGAGGUCAAGGGAAUUAUUUUGGGACUUAAAGAACUGUAAACACACACACAUGUUGUAUCGUACGAUUGUUAUGCUUUAGUCUGUCAGGUACAAGACUACAUUGUCAUUUAUAUCAGGUUCAACUGCUGUAAGGCUUUUUAAACCACCAGUUUGGGGGAAAUAUUCUUCAAUAAAAAUGGUUGAAAAUUAGAAAUAAUGUCACGUGUUAAUUGUUGCUCAAUUUUAACAAAAUUGCAUUAAAAUGAUAGUGAUUAUUUUUAUGGAAUACAGUGCUAUGCUUGAUUCACAACUCUGGAAUGCAAGAUAGUAAGUUAAUGCUGAGUUACCAAAGACAGACAUGAAAUAUGAUAAAGCUGCUAUCAAACUUAAUUUGAUAUAGGCCAGUAUUAUAGACAGAAGUACAUGUGGCUUUAUUUACUUAUUUUUAAUGUUAAUGCUAGUGCAGAAUUCACUGCACCCAUCCUGAACGCACAACCCAGUGGGCAUUUUCGGUGGCUUUAACAUUGGUCUGACAUCGUCCACUGAUGACGCUUGAUGGUAAAGCAAAGAAAAAUACCCAGUGGAAAGUGACACCAAUGUCACAUGCAGAUAGUAACUUUGCUAAUACAUAAUAAUAAUAAUAAUAAUAAUAAUAAUAGUGUUACACACAGAAAUCACAGUAGCGUGAUAUAUCAAAUGAACAAAUCCACAAGGGCCGUGAUGAAGGUUCGAACCUACGCAUGGGAUAUUCACAGAUGCACCUUAGUCAACCGUACCACGACACGGUAAAAUACUUGCAACCUGGAGUGCUACUGCCCUCAUGAGGAUUCCGAAGCUUCUCUAAAGCACAAUCGGGGUUUCACACAAUUUCCCCCAUGCACCAAAUUUCCCCCUCUGUCAACCAAAUGUUCUCCCUCUUCACCCUUACUUCACUACACACAGAAAUCUCAAUAGCGUGAUGUAUUAAAGGAACCAAUGUGGAUUUAUUCAUUUAAUAAUAGUGUUGUUUUGACGUGUGUGUUUUACUUUCCAAGCCAAAUCUGAACUUAGAUAUUACAAUGCAUGCUGCUUCUAAUGGUUUGACUCGUAUUAUACCUGUUGCUACUGUUGUUGCUCCCUCAUUAUUGCUCUCUCAUUCCUCAUUACUUUUCCCUCACUCUUUUAUCCGCAUUGCUGCUACUACUUUCCCUUACUCUUUUAUCCCCAUUGCUGCUACUACUUUCCCUUACUCUUUUAUCCGCAUUGCUGUUACUACUAUCUCCUCACCACUGAUACUUUCUCCCCGCUACUACUCCCCCCCCCCCCCACUGCUCCUUUCUCCUCGGUAAUGCUCCUUUUCCCCUCAUUACUACUCCUUUCUCUUUGUUCCCCUUCCACUUUGUGCCUUAUGUGCUGUCCUUUAACUAUAUUACUGAUGAACAUCUGAUUCAAAUAUUUUCAUAAUUACUUAUUUCCCUUGGUUCCAACCACUUGGGCUGGACGGUAGAGCGACGGUCUCGCUUCAUGCAGGUCAGCGUUCAAUCCCCGACUGUCCAUGUGGUUGGGCACCAUUCCUUUCCCCCCGUUCCAUCCCCAAUCCUUAUCCCGAUCCCUUCCAAGUGCUAUAUAGUUGUAAUGGCGGUUCCCCCUGAUAAUUACAUCAAUUUUCAGUUGUACUCUACAAUUGUUAGUUGCAUAUACUCGGUAUUAUUUAUGGAAUAUUUCAGCAUUCCUGUUACAGUACUUAAUUCAAGAAUUAGUCUUUAUAAAAAAAAAGCUUGAUCUCAGAAUACUUUUAGUCUUCCUGCAUGCUUUCACACUGCCAAUAGUCUUUUGCCAAUAUAGUCCUAAUUUUAUAAGAUAUGGAUAUUCCUUAAUUUUUUCACAAAAUUUACUUUACUAUUAGUUUUAUAAAGUCAUGUGCCUUACUAUCUAAACUGGAUUGUUGUGUUUACAAUCACACAUUGCUUCAUAGAAUGUCCUGAUUGUUCAGGAUUGGAAAUGUUGCUGUGGCAGUGUCUGUCUUGGUUCAUUUGACCCUCCUUUAAAUCCUCGGUAAGUGUGACAUCUUUGACGUGUUGCGUCUUGUGGGCAGUUGUGCUUGUACUGAUACCUUGAAUGAUAUUUAGGGAUUUUGACUAUUAGAUGCCACAGGCAGUCUAAAUUGUCUACUAGGCUUGGUGCCGCCUUUGUAAAUUUAAUUGUUUACUUCGUGGCCUUUCAUAGAAUCAUCACUGAAGCAGGUCUUAAAAUAUUUGCCGAUAUUGCCCGUGUUGCUUGGCAGUCAUACAGCGGAGCAGUAACCAUUUCCUUUCACUUGAGUUUUUUGUGUGAUGAAUCCAUAUUUCUCAUUCAUAUUUUCCUCAUCCUUUAACAAUUUUGUUUAGUUGAAAAGUUUGCAUGAUUUUUGCUUCUUAGUAAUCUAUCUUAUUGUUUAUCAUAUACAGUAUAUGGUUCCUGCUCAGUAUCUAUCUCAGACUUUAUUGAACAGUGUUCCUAAUUAUUUCCAUUGAGAAAAUUUAGCCAUGUGCUUGACUCUCUUUUAUAAGAAAAUUGAACAGUAUUCCUAAUUCUUUCAAACAAUUGAGCCACAUGUAGUUAUUUGUCUAGAUGUAUUAAGAGACUUUAGGGAAUUUUGUAGAAGCUUUAGAGACAAGCAAGAAUUGAUAAGACACUCUUACUGUAUAAUAAGAAUAUUAGUUUAGUUUAGUUUGUCUUUCAUUAGAAGUUAUGUUUUCUUUUUAAGAGGGAUUGGCGAACACAUUCCAUACUUUAGGAAAAUAAGGUCUUAGAUAUGUAAUAUAUUUUUGUUGGCUAAUUUUUCUAUUGACUUUUAUUUUGCCAUAUGUGUAAAAUUUAUUUUUCAUUUACAAGUCCAUUUGUGAAUGUAUUGUUGAUUACAAAAAGUUAAUUAUGACAGUUUUGAAUCCUAGUAUAUAUAGAAGAGGUAAGAAAGUGUCAAGAAAAUUAUGCAAUUAGAAAAAUAUUAAAACCUUCCAAGGAAGUUAUUAACAAAAUAUAUUUUAUGGUGUGGAGUGACUGAUAGUGAGAUUUGACUCAUUUAAAUAACAAAAAAUCAUUGUAUCAAUGAAUUUAUAAUCGGUAAAAAUUAUUUGCCUAAAUGCUGUAUAAGUUAUUGUUUGGAAACACACAGGAAUGCUGGAAAGAAAAUUGGAAUACUGUCUAUGCUCGGCAGUCCAAAUUUUAUUGGACAUGCUCGCAUAUACAUUUGCCAAAUGUUUGUCUUGGCCUAAUUUUUUUUUACCAUGAAUGUCCAAAAAACAAACAUUCACAAUUUUUUGUUCCACACCUUCAAAACCCCCGCUGGUUACUCAAACACAAAUUCCUUCAGGUUACCCAAAGAUUGGUGUUGCUGGAAUUUGACUGACCAAACUCUUAUAAUAGUGAUGGUAAAGGAUACAGUCGUUAUAAUAAGUACUGUUAGUGUCCUUUGGACUGUUAGAUAAAUGUGUGAUAGAAGCAUUAUGUACAAAGUAGAAUACUGCAGUGUCUAGUGAUGUAUUAUUAAUGUUUUCACAUGUAAUGUUGAAUAUGUAAAAUACAAUUGUAUAUUUUUGUGUACAUGUAAAUUUUAGUCUUAAAAUCUGAACACAGGUAAUAAUCCUUGGCAAUAUGUAAUAAUCUCCUACAAUAAUACAUCUUGUAUAGACUGUAUAUGUCUAUGCAUAUACAGUGUGUGUAUGUAUAUAUAUAUAAUAUAUACACUGUAUAUGCAUAUAUACAUACUGCACAUACAGAGGGGGUUCCUCCACUGGUGCAACUGUGGGGAUGCAUAGCCUUGGAGAAGAGAAUAAACGGUAUUCAGAAAAGGCCUUUCAGAUUUCUCCCUGGAAACGUGUUUGUGUAUUUUCUUCUACCACCCCAAUUUAUUACUCUAUAUUAUAUAUACAGUAAUAUA